AGAACAAAAAAGAGGGGAGAAAUCACAGUUCCCAAGUCGAAACUCUAUAAGUAGAUAGAGAGAUUGAGAGACCUUUAAUCGUACCCUAGACAGAAGCAAAGCCAAUCUUUAAGCGUCUCUCUUCAUCAUCCAUCAGGUUGUCUUAAAAGUAGUAACUUCCAGAAAAAGAAACUAAGGAAAUUUGACCUUCAGCAAGAAAAGGUUUACAUUUCAAUUUCAAAUUUUCAGAAAGAAUUCUGAGAUGGAAGAUACGUCUGAAUCUGUUGCUUCUGCUGCUGAAGUGCACGAAAAGGUUGUAAAGGAGGAAAUCCAUCUGAAAGUCAAGAGCAAGGAUAAAGAACCAAAUGACGAGAAGGGAGAGAAGGCUGUGGUGGAAGUUGAAUCGAAGACUAAAUCAGUAGAAAAGGAGAAGCAUAAAGAGAAAGUUGAGGAGAAAUCAGAGAAAAAGGAGAAACAUAAGAAGAAGAAGGAUGAAGAUGAGGAGAAGGAGAAGAAAACGAAAGAGAAGGACAAGAAGAAGAAAGGAAAGGAGGGUGAGGAUAGCGUAUGUGAAGAGUCAGAGGUGGACAAAGAAGCCGGAGAAGCUAAGAAAAAGGAAGAGAAAAAGAAUAAUAAAGACAAGGAAAAAGAGGACAACAAGAAGAAGAAAGACGAUGAGGUUUCAGGGGAUAACCAGAAGGAUAAGAAAGUGGAGAAAGAAGAGAAAGGGAAAGAUAAAGAAGAGAAGAAGAAGAAAAACAAAGAUCAUGAGGUUUCAGGGGAUGAACAGGAGGAUAAGAAAGAGGGAAAAAAGAAAGAUAAAAAAGAGAAGAAGAAAGGCAAGGAUAAAGAUUCAAAGGAUACAAAAAAAGUGGUUGAGGAGUGCAAAGACAGAGGUUUGAGUGCUGAGGCAGAGGAGGAGGAGGAGAAGGAAAAAAAAGAGAAGAAAGGAAAAGAAAAGAAGGUCAAAGAUAAAGAGAAGAAGGUUGAUGAAGAAUCUGAGGAAGAAACAGAAAAGGACAAGGGAGUUAAAGGGGGGGAACUGAAGGCAAAGAAGAAAGAUAAGAAGAAAGAUAAGAAGGGCAAAGAUGAAAUUGAGGAGGAAGAAGAUGAUGAAGAUGAAGGGAAAGAAGAAAACAAGAAGAAAAAGAACAAAGAUAAGGAGAUGAAAGAGAAGAAGCACAAGGAUGAAGCAGACGAUGAAAUAAAAUAUGGAGAUGAAGAGAAAGAAGAGAAGAAGAAGAAGAAAGAGAAAAAGGACAAGGAAGAGAAAAUGCAGAAGGAACGUAAGGAUGAAGCUACUCUGUCAAAGUGCGAGGCUGGGGUUACCACCAGGGAGAUUGGAAUAAACGAUGAGUCACCAGUGGAAGAAGAGAAGAAGCAGAAAGAUAAGUUAAAAGAAGGUAAGGAGAAAAAGAAAGAGGAGAAGAGUAAUAAGAAAAGAAAAUCUAGUGAGAAGGGCAAGGGCAAGGGCAUUGACAAGCUGAAACAGAAGUUAGAGAAGAUCAAUGAAAGAAUAGCAGCUGCUCUUGAGGAAAAAGAUGACAUUUUGAGGCAGAUAAAAGAAGCUGAGAGUGGGAGCACCUCUGUUCCUGAGAAGGAAAAAGAUGCCCCAAAGGCUGAUGUGGAAUAAUCCCAUUUGGUGGAUCCUUUACACUUGAUUAUAAUAUAAAUGCAGUUUUGUGCGAGUAUGAUCCCUUUUCCCAGUGUAAUCAUAUGUAUUUUUCAAUACAUAUAUGGAUUAAGGAAUAACUUCUUUGAUGAAUUCUAAACAGUUUUGCUUUUGUUCCA